GUCUAGCUGGGCUUACUGGGUAAUAGAAGUUUUAUUGUGCCUAUCGCAUUUGCACAUUAUCUUCAUACCUAACUUACUGGGUGUUAAGGACGGGAGAUUAUAAGAACAUACCAGGUCCCUUUUAAAAAUAAAAGAUUAAUAAAGGCUAACGAAAAGAAAAUGCUAGGCGUUUGAUCCAAGCCUUGGUUGACUGAGAUCAGUUCCGCGCAGGCGUUAUGCCUUGAUAGAGGACACAUGUAUAGUAGAAAAAAACAGAAGUCACAUUUCUCUGGAAUGCGAGAUUUGGUUCUACGUUUGGUAGGCUACAUAGUGGGUCGGAGACCGGUUGAUUUGAUACAACUUAAAAUGCGCAAGUGCUAACAAGAAUGAAACGGUUAGACAUGUAGCUAGCAAAAGUAGGCUAAUGUAUCCGUAACUCACACCACCUCAAAAUACCGCUCCGCAUUGUUGUAGUUUGUCUGGCGGCCUUUGACAAAAGGCAGAUGGGUAGCUACGUGCUUCACUAAAUCAGACCGCUGAUUUUCCCACGUCGAGGAAACAAACGCUUUAUUGGACAGAGUUUAUAUGCUGUUUGCGGUUGAGGCAGCACACGUAGGCUACUAUAUUUUUCAAAGACAAUGUCCGAAAUCAAUAUUGGAAAGCGAAAAGAAAAAUGUGAAAACUGCUCCAAGCAGCAGUGCAGCAAGAAACAAAGCAAAGAAGGCACAAGUUCACCACAGGAGAAGGCUGUGGCCAAUGGGGAGCUGAGCGAACCGUACCAAACGCAGAAGGUUUUGCUGAGUUCAUGCUUGUCCUGUGAGGGCUGUUUGUCAGAGGAAGAAAGCCAGCGCAUCUCCCAGCAGAACCUGGAGGAGUUCAAGACAGUGCUCGGCCUAAACAAGCGGUGUGAUGCCUCAAAACACAAAGUGCUGGUGGUCUCUGUGUGCCCCCAGUCUCUUCCUUUCUUUGCUGCCAAGUUCUGCCUGGGCAUCCCAGAGGCCACACACAAACUCUGCGGCUUUUUAAAGAGCCUGGGCGUCCAUCAUGUUUUCGAUACCACACUUGCAGCUGGCUUCAGUAUCCUGGAGAGCCAGAGGGAGUUUGUUCAGAGGUUCCGGCGCAGACAUCAUGAUUCUCAUGCCCUCCCCAUGUUCACGUCCUCUUGUCCAGGAUGGAUUCGCUAUGCUGAGCGGGUCUUGGGCAGUCUGGUCACCCCACAUAUAUGCACAGCCAAGUCCCCGCAACAGAUCAUGGGCUCUCUGGUCAAGGAUUUCUUCACACAACAACAGAAGCUGACCCCAGACAAGGUCUUCCAUAUUGUGGUGGCCCCCUGCUAUGACAAGAAGCUGGAGGCAGUCAGAGAGGAAUUCUUCAACAGCCUGCUGGAGAGUCGCGAUGUUGACUGCGUGCUGACCUCAGGUGAAAUAUUUCAGAUGAUGGAGGAGCAGAAAGUGACAAUUGGUAAUUUGGAUUCUGUCCCCUUGGAUCAUGUGUUUGGGGAGGCGGAUGGGGCAGGUCUGGUGAGGCAUGAGGGCAGAGGUUCAGAGGGUUUCCUGGAACACAUCUUCAAAAAUGCUGCUAAGGAGCUGUUUGGCUUUGAGGUGAACGAAAUUGUAUACAAGACACUGAGGAAUCGAGACUUCCAGGAGGUGUCCCUUGAGCGCGACGGGGAGACGCUGCUGCAGUUUGCGGCCGUCUACGGCUUCCGCAACAUCCAGACCCUGGUGCACCGCAUGAGAAAGGGCCGGGUGCGGUACCAGCUGGUGGAGGUGCUCUCCUGCCCCGGAGGCUGUCUAGGCGGGCGGGGCCAGGCUGAGGGUGAGGGGGGGCGCGUGGAUAAGGUCCUCGCCCAGCAGAUGGAGGAGGCCUACAGCAGCCUGCCCGUGAGGCUACCGGAGAUGAACCCGGAGCUCCAGCGGCUGUACCGGGACUGGCUGGAGGGGCAGGACUCCCCGCGCGCCCUGCAGGCCCUCCACACGCAGUACUCCCAGCAGGAGCAGCCGCACACACUGCCUCCCCACAUCCAGUGGUGAGGACGCUGGUCCCCCGCCCGGGGUCCCCCCCCCCAGCCCGUGGUCCCUCGCCAGCCCGGGGUCCCCCGCCAGCCUGCAAUCUCUGCUCACCGUCCUGGCUGGGUGCCCGCUGGAAGCCCCAGUGCCCCAUGCCCAGGUCCACUUCCAUUUUCCUCUUUCUGGAGAGCUUGUUUCUAGAGAGAGGCAGGCAACAUCCGGAGUCCUGCUCCACAUAAUGCAUCUAAUCAGUGAGCGGUCUUCCGCCAUCCAAGUCUGCAAUAACCCUGAAGUAUCUGAAAAUCAUUCACUUGCACUGAAUGCAAGUGCGGAAGUAGGAGUAUGGUGCUUAUUUGGGUAUUGAAGACCAGGUAAAUGAAUAAUUGCAACAACAACAAAAAAAUGCCAGUAUGUGCUGUUAAUUAAUUAUGGUCACAUUACACGUGUUGUAGCAGACAUACUGUGAUAUAAGCCUGUGGAGUUUGCAGUGCCUACAAGAGGAUGACGAUACCAGUUGAAGCAGUUUUUUGCAUAAUGCCUAGUGGUGAAAUCUGGUGAUAUGGUACUGUGAAGAAUCGGGUUUGCUUUCUUCAGAACCUAUGUAUCCCCACACUUUCUCUUGUAUGAAGAAUACAAUGUUUUGAAGCUUGCCAUUUUUAAAGCUGGCGUUUGUUAAUGCUCACCUCGAAAUGAAGGGAAGUCUUGGUUCAGUGCCUGGAAUACACCUAGUCAAGAGGGCUUUUAAAUGGUCUUUUAUGUUUGUUUGUUUUUUAUCUGCCAAAUGGUGGUAAAUUUGAUUAAAAUAUUUCAGAAUGAA